GCAAUCUGUUCACAGUGACAGUACUCGCAGCCCUCCACCAAACUCGCCGCUGGCUUCUCGCCUUCGGGAGCUCCGCCGUCACAGCGAGCAUUUGUGAGCCAUAAAAGAAGGGGCAUUCUUUAGGAGAAAGUAAAUAUGGAUAAAGAUCCCAACUCUGAGACAGCUGCGAAUGACUACCGGGAUGCUGAGCUUCCUGGUCGUGAGCAUACUGGUAUUGAAAAUAAUCUUCAGCACAGAAAACAUAACUCAAACAAAUCAGUUAGGAAAAGGGGAAAGUUGUUGCAAAAUGGGAGAGCAAGAUAUUCACUAAGAUCUUCGCUCAGAGUUCUUCGCUCCAUGUCAAAAUGUAAGGUUAAGAUUUCCUCUGAACCCAGCAAUUCCGCAGUGAGUCCAGUAACCAAGAAGAGAAAGAAGAAAAGGAAAGGAAAGAGUGCUCCAAGCAAUGAAUUUUCACAAAGGAGAAAACACAUAAGUUACUUAUUGAGAAAAAUCAACUUUGAGCAAAGCCUUAUUGAUGCAUAUGUGAAUGAAGGUUGGAAAGGUCUAAGUUUGGAAAAAAUAAGGCCUGAGAAAGAGCUUGAACGAGCCAAAUCUGAAAUUCUACAGUGCAAAUUAAGGAUUCGUGAUGCUUUCCAGCAACUAGAUUCCUUGCUUUCUAUAGGAAGGCUUGAGGAAAAUCUGUUUGAUGAUAAUGGAGAAAUUGACAGUGAGGAUAUGUUCUGUGCAAAAUGUGGUUCUAAGGAUAUAUCUGCUGACAACGAUAUCAUACUGUGUGAUGGCAUUUGCGACAGAGCUUUUCACCAGAAAUGUUUGAGCCCGCCAUUAGCAACUAAUGAAAUUCCUCCUGAAGAUCAAGGAUGGUUAUGUCCUGCAUGUGACUGCAAGGUGGAUUGCCUUGAUUUGUUUAAUGAUUCUCAAGGAACUGAUUUCUCGAUUGAGGACACGUGGGAAAAAAUUUUUCCCGAGGCAACUGCUGUUGCAAAUGGUAAUAACCAAUUUGAUGAUUCUAUCUAUCCAUCAGAAGAUUCAGAAGAUUAUGAUUAUCAACCUGAUCACGUAGAAGGUAAUGCUGAAGAUCAGGAAGAACGGUCAAGUUCUGAUGAAUCAGAUUCUGCUUCAUUGUCAGAGGACUUGGGCCAGCCUGUACAGAACAAAAUUGAUUAUCUUGGCCUCCCUUCUGAUGAUUCUGAGGAUGAUGACUAUGAUCCUGAUCAGCCAGAACCUGAUAAGGAUAAAGAUUCAGAUUUGAAUGAAUCAGAUUUUAUGUCUGACUCUGAUGAUUUCUGUGCUGACCUUUGUAAAACUGUGAAUGCCAAUGCAGUUUCGUCCAAUUUAUGUGAUUCUGAGCCACUUGAUGGUUCUGGUCAGUUGAGAGCUACUAUGCAGUUCCCUUUAAACGCUGAGAAUCCACUUGUAGAGGUAGAUGCUGGUCAAGGGACCAAUUAUCCAACAUCAAAGAAGAGGCAGCGGGAGAGUUCAGAUUUUAAGAAGUUGCAUGACGAGGUUGAUGCUGAUGAAUCAUCCAAACCAAGUCAAAAUGAAUCUGAGAAGUCUACAGUGAAGAAAAUUAAGAAAAAUGUUAGUAGAGAAGAACCUUCUAAAUUGCCAGAUGAAAAUGCUCAAUCUAGUAGUAAUCAGCGAGGCUCCAGAGUUAAACACAUUGUCAAGAAGGGUAACACACAAGAUAUUUCAAAAUUAGAUCAACAACAACCAUCAAAAGCAAUUUAUGAGAGUACUUCAGACCGAGCACAGGAAAAGGUGAGCAGGAAUGAUGACAAUCAAAACAAAACAACCACAAUUUCAAGAAGGCUUCUUGGUCAAAAUGCAUAUCAGAUAAGUAAUAGCCGAAGAGCUUCCAAUGUAUCCAAUGUUUAUGGAACUACAGGAAAGACUUCUGGUAAAGAAACCAUUCAUUCAAGUACUACUCCUGAUCAAGACAAUUCAGUCACAUCUGUCAGAAACAAGAAGUCAAGUAAGCGGAAGAUUGAGAAUACACCUGGACAAAGGAAAACCUUGACGAGCUCUAACAGAAAGAACACUGGUAGUAAAACCUCUGCUACUCUUGACCAACCGAAGAGCACUGGUUGUAACACCUCUGCUACUCUUGACCAACCGAACAGCUUAAUCAGAACCAGCGGAAAGAAUGUCAAGUCAAGUAAAGCAAAUGCGGACACCCCUGCUACUCUUGAUCAGCUGAACAGCUUAAUCAGAUCCAGCAGAACGAAUGCCAAGUCAAGUAAAGCAAAUGCGAACACCGUUGCUACUCUUGACCAACCAAACUGUUUAAUCAGAUCCAGCAGAAAGAAUGCCAAGCAAAUGCUGAUAACACCCCGCCAUUCUUGAGCAAUCAAACACUUCAAUCCAAUCCAGAAGAAAGAACACUAAGUCAAUUGAGUUGAAUUUUAAGGACACCCUUGCUAAUGGAAGCACACAAGAAGAUCAAGCAAAGUGAAUAAUUGCAAGAAUCAAGUUAGUCAUGAUGAGAGAUCAAUGAAACAGUUGAGGCAGUCCAGUGUUGGUGGUAGAAGAGGAAGAUUAUCAGGUGAAGAAGCUUGCAAGGCCUUCCUGCACUCUCUUUUUUUUAACAUUAAUGUCGUAAGAGGAUUCUUGACGAUCAACUAGUGUUAAGCAAAGCCCAGAAUUUUUGGAGCUCGAGAUUCUCUUCUGAUUGAAUAUUGAUAUCUGAAAAAUGAACCUGCUCAUUCUUUUGCUUUUGUUUGGCGGAUGACUUUUUGUACGUUCGAGGGUUUUUGUAACUGAAGAAGCUUAAGAGAACUCAAAGGGUAAGUACAUGUUACCAAAAUUAGUCAAUUUAGCAUGGCGAUUAUGUUACAAUGCUUCUGAAGAGUGCACAAUUCAUGAAA